AUGUUUAACAAUAAGGACGGCAAUCGAGAAUUGUUGUGUGUUGAAUUUACCCGGAUCUCUCUCUCUCUCUCUCUCUCUCUCUCUCUCUCUCUCUCUCUCUCUUCUCUCUCUGUCUUUCUCUCUCUCUGUCUUUCUCUCUCUCUCACACUUUUUAUCUCUCUCUCUUUCUCUCUCUGUCUCUUUCUCUCUUUCUCUCUCUUUCUCUUUCUCUCUCUUUUUCUCUCUCUGUUUUUUCUCUCUCUCUUUCUCUCUCUUUCUCCCUCUGUCUCUUUCUCUUUCUCUCUCACACACUUUCUCUCUCUUUCUCUCUCUCACACUUUCUCUCUCUCACAUUUUCUCUCUCUCUUUCUCUCUCACACACUUUCUCUCUCACACACUUUCUCUCUCUCUCUCACACACUUUCUCUCUCUUUCUCUCUCAAACACUUUCUCUCUCUCUCUUUCUCACUCUCUCUCUUUCUCACUCUCUCUCUCUCACUCUCUCUAA